AUCCUUUGUAUUCCGGGGAGACUCGGACGGGCUAUGGGGGGGAGGGAUUCCCGCAGAAGUUUUCCUCUUGCGACUUCGAAUAGCUCCGGUCAGCUGAUCGCAAAGCAUGUCGUCGUGUGGCCUCUUGAUGGUCCGUAGGUUGAUGUGGUAUUGUUGUUGUCGUCUCUCGGUGGUAUGGGCAAUGGGUCGUUGGACGUCUGUUCGUGUCUGGGACCGACGAUCGACGAUGCAGAUGCUGUACUGACACUAGUAGCCGGAGCAGUGAGCGCGACGUAUUCCUUCGUGUAUGGCAGUCUCCCACGAUCAACGUCGCUGAAACUCGAGAGUGGUAGAGUCUUUCUCGCUGUGCGCGAGACUGGAACAUGUCAUUCCGCUGCUACGGAACAUUCGGUGUCAUCGUUUCUCGAGGCCGUCCGGAUCCGAUAUAAUACUUGUUCUCAAGCUAGAAACUCAUGUGAGAUCCAUGUGAACUGCUUGAAAAUGCGGUGGAAUGUUUUUUUCUCUACAUUUCUCUGCUGGCUGUCAACGGUGAUCUCGGACGAGGUCAGACUGGAGCUUGAAACGAAUGGACCCGUUUACUAUAAAGCUCCGUUGGCGAUUUCGGGUCGUCUCGAAGGAGCUUACGACCGGGAAUACGAAUGGAUUUUUUAUUCGAGGCUACCAAGCGGUAAUUUCGAGCGAAUACUCUACAGAAGGAAGAGCGCGAUGAUCAACGAGACAUUCGAUUUGAGCGAAACUCAAGCCGGACAAUUCGACAUGUCUGUAAGGGUCACCUAUACCCCCUUCCUCUCCCCCAGAACCAUAGCCUACGGAGAGAUCAAAUUUGAGCUAACGAACAAAAUCCCGGUGUUUGUAGACUUCCUUCAGAACGGUACAAAAUUGACGCCCCAGGACGGCGCACUCAGAGUCAGCUCUGCCGAUAUUGUGAAUGCGACUACCCGGAUCAACGAUCCCACAGGAUAUUUCCAGCGGGACGGAACACAAAUUACGACUCAAUGGGCGGUGAAUAAUGGUUUGCGACUGAAAAACGCAUCGUUCGCACAGUGGUAUCCGACGGCGCCGGACAGGAUUCAGGAUACAUUAGAGAUGUUCAUGACGGCAGUCGAUUCGAACAACACCGUCACGGACGGUUCUGUCAGCACAGUGAUCGAAGCCCGCGAUCCGAUCUUGAACCUGAAUCUCGAGGAUAAACUCUGGUUCCAGAGAGGGAACCUCACACAUCUCAAGUUCACGUGCAAUGCCAGUACUCCGAUUUAUUACUGUUUCAAAUACGCCUCAAAAACGACUAACAUAUCGGAGUUCAACUGUACGGAUGAUGACUAUAUCCGCCGAGAUGUCUGUCAGUUCUCGUUGACUCAUUAUUUUGGUCGCGUCGGAGACCACGAAGUCAUGAUAAAGGUACGAAACGCGGUCAACGACAUUCUCCAUUGGGACCCCUUGAAGAGCAUCUAUAUCGUGCACGUGUACGACGUGCCAACGAAGGGACUCCUCCGGUUGUUCAUCGUUCCCAUUUCAUGCGUGAUACUGGGAACCAUCGUAGCGGUAUCUGGCUACGCGCUAUACGAGCACACGAAAGGGGACAUGCGAGUCGAAGUUGCAAAUUUCGACUUCGCUGGAAAUUCGACGCGAGAAGAGCUUGAUGCUUCUCUUGUUGAAAGAACAUUCUGGACGCAUCUUCGGGAUGAACUCGCCGAGAGCAGUCCCAUAUUCCAUUGGCUUACUCGGAAACCGCCGCAGCCGCCCGUCGAUCGUGUGAACGACAGUAAGGAAGGCGAUGACGAACCAAUCUGCCCUGAGCCUUGAGGGCGCCUAUCCGAGAUCUUUACUUUGCGGAUGAAACGAAUUAUUCGCGUCCGGUGAGUGAUGCUCUUCCGGGUAAACGAGACCGUUGUUACGUAAGAGCGCCUCGGGAGCCGAGGUCAUGAAGCGAGGGAAGCGAAUCAACAGAUUUCGUUAUUUGCAAUAUCGAGGCAGUGAAGAGAUGUCCGGAGAGUGUGGUAUCGUCGUUACAGUAACCGGGGCUCUGCGUAGGUAUUCGAGAUACAAUGGUCGAAUCGUUUGUAUAGUAUUUAAAUAGGAUCGAUCAAUCGUUCGCUUCCACAGAUUAUACACUUUACCCCGUUAAUCGCUAGAGCCACACCAGCGAUAAGAUGUAAAAAGUGAAAGAAUAAAGAUGGUUUAUUUUGUAAAGGU